GUGCGCGCUGCGGCGGUGCGCGCGCUGGCAAGGGGCGCGGCGGUGGGCGAUCCAGCUGCGGUCCGCCUCGUUGCCAAGGGCACGGAGGACGCGGACGAGGACGUGCGCCGCGAGGCGGCCAGCUGCCUGGCGCUGGUCGCCGAGCGGGGCGACCCAGGGGCCGUCGCGGCAGCCGCGCGCCUCCUGUCCGACG